AUGGCCUCCAGAGCAGCAAGUAAAAUCUCUGGAAUCAAUGAGCUCUUUAACGAUUCCGAGAAUACGGGCAAUCUAGAUCACGUGCUACUCUGGGCCGACCGUCAACAGCCGGUCGUGAUGUUAGUGUUGGACGGCUAUUGGCAGUCCCGUAGAAGGAAACCCAGGCUCCAACAGUUCGAAACUACCUGGCACAAAGGCCCAAUCGGCCAGUAG